AUUGUGGCCUUGACGCUGCACAAGCGGCUGCAGCGGGACGACGACCAAGUAAGGCUUCCGCUACGCCAUCUACUCCAUCUGCAUGCUGCUGCGGACGCGGCUACGUCCGAGCCUAUGAGCGGUGCUCAGGCUGUCUCCAGGAUGCUGGUUACCGGGUGUAAAGAAGGAAAUAUACGCAAAACGAAAAAAUAAAAUAAACAAAACACUCCGAUGGAUCACGACACGAACCAACGUGUCCAUCAUGAUAAUCGAAUAUUUCAGCAACAACGAACGAUACAAGAUCUUACGAAAACCCCCCUCUACAGCCGCAUCGAUGUUUCCCACUUCAAAAAGACUUGAAGAGCCCAAGCUCAGCGAUACCAACGACCCAAACGACUACGAACCUGUUUACAUCUGUUCUUACGGAAUGAAGUGCUAUGAUGACCCUGUUUUUUUUUCUCAGCUCGAAACAACGACACUCCUCGCUUCCCGUUUUCUUUUGAUCUGUUUCAAGACGGGCAGUGUAUUGUUGCCCUAUGCCCUGGCUGGGUCAGAGAUCACAACGUGCGUGUGUAUAGAUGCGUAUGCACUAGCAGUGCGCCAGACGAUCUCCUCUCUACCGGGCGAACCACAUGAACCCUUUUCCGCUCGCUCUACACCUUUUGUUUCUUUUCCUUGAUUGCCCAUUCCUUCUGUUCCAGAUGGCUGCAUAGCGACGGCAUUGAAGCGUUUUAGCGAACUGAAGUUUCUUUUUUUUUCUGGCCACGCCCCUGGCACUUUUCUGGCCUCGUUGUUGACGAGAAAGAGAGGUGUUGGGGACUAGUAUGCACGUCAAUGGGAUAUUGAUGUGACAGAGGACGGAAAGGAAGAACCAAAUGGUUGUUUUAUAUCUCCUCUAUUGUUUUCCUAAGACUGCAUGUUCCUUUUUCUAUCUUUCAAAAUUGGAUCAUGAAAUCAAAGUGCAACGAAUGUAACGAGUUUUAUUAUACCUUUUAUCCGUCGCCUCCAGACGUGACUUGGACUUUGAUGCAAGUUAGCCAGAAAUAAUAUUCCUAUUUUACUG